AUAGUUAAUAGAGUGAGUAGUCAGUCCAGUCUGACGAUGCGGACUCCGUUGGCAGGGGAUGACGAUGUAGCGGUGACGAGGUGCGAUGAUGAUGUAGGCCUACUGCAGCAGCUGUGUCGUUGUUGUGUCUCCCAGUCGUCAUGGCGAUCAUAAAGUCGUGCUGCUGUUGGCGAUCUCUCAGAAAAGGAUGCUACGCCAGCGCCGUCUAUACUGGGCUCUACUUCCUUCUAACCUUCAGCAUAAUGCUGGGAUUCAUUUACGACGAGCGACAUUACUAUUCGGGGACAGUCGAAAUUCCCAUGAGUCCCAGUGUCCUGGAGCCGGAGGCCUUGUCACCAACUACAAUGACUUUCCAACUAGUCAUCUUGGUGUGGUCUUCCCUUGGUAUUGUAACAUCAAUACUACUUGUCUACGGCAUAUUCAGAGAUAAGAGAGAGCUACUCGUACCUUGGAUUAUAACGGUUAUUUGUACAGUAAUGGUGGAUUUGGUUCACACCACAUACAUGUUUUCAGCGGGAACAAUAUCCUUCAACCCCAUUACAGCCUUUUUGUAUACUUCGGAUUUCUUCCUACAUAGUUUGAAUGCCUACUGCGUACUUUGUGUAGUGUCACAGUAUCAAGAAUACAAAGCUGGAAGAGGAACGGCAGACUGCUAUAGAAAUACAAUGGCGGUGCGAUUUGUGGCUCGUCCGGGUGCCACGGCCACCACGUGCGAGAGUUCGCGCCGACAAGCGACGACCACGUGCCUGGACUUGCAAAGUCCCUCCUGCGCCACCUCCACCCUCGACUCCGAUAAGCUGUCCCGCAAGCACGUGCAGUUCGGGGGCGGCGGGGGCGGCGAGGAUAUCAGUCCCGACCAUCUCCACGUCAACUGGCGGGAGACCACCUCCAGUCCCA